AUGGCUAUGCAAUCUACAACUUCUUGUCACCAGAAUUUCAUUACAAGUCUUGCUCUUCUCAUCCCUUCUCUAGUGCUUAGGCCUCAACCUCCAGCUCGUGACCGCAGAGAAGCUCUACGGAUCGAUCCAUGUCCAAGAAUACCUAAUGUUAGGCCGUUUGGCCUCAAUGUGAUUAAACUCUACAUAGUCCGACAAAAAUCAGUUAAAAAGCCUCGAGCAAACAACACCACCGCCUUCGUUAUAAUAGUAUUCAGAACUACCAUGGUUUUCUUGUUUCUUGGUUAUGUUCUUUUCUUGAUGAACCUGCGUUCAGUCUUAUCAGUCUCAUUGCCUCAAGAUGCAAUUCAUCUUCUUCAUGGAAUGAAUCCAUUUAACACUGCCAAUGGCCUGGUGUUUCUUGCUACUCAAAAAAAUAUUUUCGCGUCGAAUCUUCAAAUCUCAAGCACUACAGCCUCUCAGGGAUUUUUGGAAAUAUCAGUUUCCAAUAUGCGUAAACUUCCUGAUUUGCUGAUUCUUGAUCUAUCUGGGAACAAUUUCACAGGAAAAAUCCCAGCCCUGCUCGGAAACUGCAGCAAACUCAAUACGAUUCUCCUCAAUGAAAAUGGCUUUUCUGGAUCAAUUCCUGCUCAGCUUUUCAUAUCAAGGGAAAUUGUACAGAUUGAUUUAGGAUUUAAUCUGCUCACUGGGAUCAUUCCCCCCUGA